UCUUUAAAAGAGUCUUAAUCCGGCAUUCCUCUGUCUCGUUCAUGUAAAUUCAUUAAUUUUGACAUGACGUAUUAUGAGAAAUAUCAAAAGCAAAGCCGUGGUAAAUGGGCAACCAGAACCCGCUUUAACCUCCGUUCUUUACCAUUAUAUCAACCCUCAGAAGGACACAUCUUAAAAUUGGAACGAAAUUAUUGUGAAGCAACAGCGAAAAUCGACAUCCAGAAAAAAGUUUACGAAAACAAAAGAACAGAGUUUAAGGAAGAACUAAAUUUACUAAAAAUGCUGGAAAUUAAAUGUGCCAUAGUGAUUUCAUGUGUACUUAUUGUUGUGAGUUUUGGUAAGGUUGAAUCUUCUUGUCCAACAUCGUGCCAAUGUUCCAAUGUCUCUGCUAUUUGUACACCAGGAUUAACCAGCUUUCCGUCAGCAUUCCCAAGUCAUUUCACUUCACUACGACUCAGUGGCACCUUUUCCUCUCGAAACCAGAUUCCGUCGAUUGAGAGCAGCCAUCUAAAUUCCUUCCAGAAACUGGAGAGACUUUAUAUGGCUUACAGCAACGUGGAAUCAAUAACAAGCGGUUCUUUGCCAACAACGUUAAUUACAUUGGAUCUUUCUUUCAACAAAAUUGGCGAAAUAGCACAAAGCACGUUAAAAGGGUUAACAAGACUCAAAGUUUUGAAUUUGUCUGGAAAUAAUGGCACUGAAUUACAAUUGUCUGCUUUCAACGAUUUAGGAAGAUUGACAGAAUUAUAUCUUGCAGAGAUGGGCUUAAAAAAACUGGACAAGCGCUUAUUAGACAGUCUUCCAAUAUUGAAGGUCUUAGACCUUCAUGGAAACAAACUAAAGCAGUUGGACUGGAGCUUCACCAAGACCCUUACAAAUCUGGCUUAUAUCGACAUUUCCGGAAACAUUUUUACAGAACUUUCUAAUUCGUCAAUUAUGACAUUACCUCACAUAAAAAGUAUCCACUUAAAUGACAACGAUUGGAAAUGCACCUGUGCCUUGGAGUGGGUAAAAGUGCUUCCUAGUCCUAUACCGGAAUCUGUCACGUGUAGUACACCAAAAUCUCUCCAAUACAUGUCCAUUGUAAAUGUCCCUUCCCCCCAGCUAACCUGUGUACCAGCAUCUGUAAGUUGUUCUUCAACUUCAAGUACCGGCAAGUAUCACACCGGCCUCAAUAUUUCAUGUACAUUUGGAGGAGACCCAUUCCCUGACGUCAUUUGGACAAAGCCUGAUGGGACGGAGUUGAAGUACUAUAACUAUGAUAAUCCAAAUUACGAGGUAUCUGAGACAGGUGUACUUACCAUAAAGUUAUUGGACGUUGAUGACGACGGCCAGUGGACGGUUCAGGCUAACAAUGUAAAAAAGCAGAAUGUGAUCAACAUGCAAGUGACCGUGACCGAUAUUCCAACCACCACUACAACGACUACCACCACCACUACUACCACUACCCCUACCACUACGACGACCACAACCACCACUCCGACAACAACAACCAGUACCCCCACCACGACUACCACCCCUCCUACCACCACGACUACCACCCCUCCUACCACCACGACUACCACUACCACUGAAAAACCUACUACAACAUCUACCGCCAAACCCACCACCACAACCACUGUUAAGCAGACGACAGCUAAAAAGACCACUCCAGUUCCACCUGCAGGAAACCAGACGACGCCUAAGCCGGCGGAAGGGAUGUUCUCCAUGAAUACGAUUUACAUGAUGGUGGCGGCUGCCGGUGGGAGCGCGUUUAUUACCUCCAUGAUUUGUCUGGUCAUUCAUUGCUGUACACGGAAGAAGAAACCUCCUCCAAUGUCGGAAAAGAAACCGAAGCAAGACCUUUUCGACACGGUCCGGAACCUCACUCCGAGACGAACACGAAGAGUGCAUAAUAUUGGGAGUUAUGAACAUUACGAAUAGCAGGCAAUUUUGUAGAGUAUAAGAGAACGGAAUCUCAUGGGAAAAAACUACCUUGUAAUUAAUGGCAAUUUUUUUCGUGAUUCAAACACAGACAUCAAUUUGACUUUUCAAUUUUCUAGGUAUUUGAUUCACGAACGUGUCAUUAACGACUAUCAAAGACUGCAUGUAUUUCUUGUUGCUUUGUUUUGUUUAAACAGUAUUAAUCCUAUCGCAAUGUUUUUGAAUAUAUUAUUUAAUGCUUUUAUCAAAAAUAUCCUUCUGUAGUUUGUUUGUAUCCUAUUGAUUUGUUAUUUAUUACGAUUUAUGUUUGUUUGAUUUACAUCGAUUUAUGUUGAUAAUGUAAUAUUAUGGAAUAAAAUCUCUCUAAAUCAGA